CAGGAAGAUUAUGACCAGCUUCGACCUCUCUCAUACCCAAAUACAGAUGUGUUUCUGAUUUGCUUCUCAGUCGUCAAUCCAGCUUCGUAUCACAAUGUCCAGGAGGAAUGGGUGUCAGAAGUCAGAGCCUACAUGCCACAUGUACCUUAUGUCCUAAUAGGAACACAGAUUGAUCUACGAGAUGACCCAAAAACACUGGCUCGACUUCUCCAUAUGAAAGAAAAACCAAUUACCUAUGAACAAGGAAUGAAACUUGCAAAGAUGAUUGGAGCACAGUGCUACUUAGAGUGCUCAGCCCUGACUCAGAAGGGGCUCAAGAAUGUAUUUGAUGAAGCAAUCCUUACAGUCUUCCAUCCAAAGAAGAAGAAAAAACGUUGUGGGAAGUGUCGCAAUUCUUGCUCAAUUGUCUAA